UUUACAUGAACAUUUAACCAGAACGGCAAUGAAGGGUACGUUCCCUAUCAGUGGACGUGAUUUGUCAGUAUGCGGAAUGUUGCACAGUGAGGAAGAUACUGGAAUUCUUCAAUUUGUCACCACAUCUGUGGUUGACCCAUUAAUUCCGGAAAGCAAAAAGCAUGUUAGAUCAAAUUUGAAUUUUGCAGGAUGGCGAUUAGAACCUCAUGUUGAUGACAAAGGAAACACUACAUCUGUUGAUGUCAUAUACAUCGUUGAUAUUGACAUCAAACUUGACUCGAUUCCAACUUCUAUCCUUAAGAUGUUGUCAAACCAAAUACCAACCACUAUCUCUAAAAUAGAUGAAUUAAUGCAAAAAACGGGAUUUUGUCCAUAUGUUCUCAAGGCUGACACAAAGAUCCUAACAGAAGAAUUUAAUGUCAAAAAUGAUCAAUAUGAUUUAACAUUACUCCCUGAAAGUGGUUGCAUAACGGAAUUCAAAAUUUCAAAAUUGAUGUAUCCAAAUGGUAUUGACGUGUCUGUUAUGCCUGAAAACUGUAAGGUUGAAUUGUUGCCGACAAGCGCGGAAACUAUUCGUGUGACCCUUCCAUCAAAAGUUACCUUGAACAUUUUUACCAUUACCGCUAGCAAACGUUCUAAAGGUUUCCGAAUGACUUACAAUAACGGGCAGGAAAUUCCUUUGGCUUUAGAUCCUGAUAGCAAUGACAUUCCGAUAAGAAAGGAUAUACCUACUUAUGCUACUGGUACGAUGUCGACAAAUGCCACACUUACAAAUAAUACUCUUGAUGAAGUAAAACCUAUGAAUCCGGUCACACUCGCCUCAAAAAUAAACAUAAUUGAUCCCGAGACUUUCGGCAAACCAUUGGAAGAAAAAAUCAAUAAUGUUCUUAUUAAUCAAGCCUUGAUUCCUCCCGAGACUUUCGUUAAACCAUCAUCACAAGUAUCAUUAAAAUUAGAAGCAUAUCAGAGAAUUUUUGAAGAGCAUCCUAAGAAGAUUGCAACUCAAGAGUCGCGUGAGAUUCAAAAUGUACCAGAUUCCUUAGGAGUUUCACCUAAAGAAGAUCCAGCUGUAAAAAAACUAAAGAAUGAAGUUAUUGAAAACAAUACAAUUACUGACGAUUUAAUGAUUCUUGCAAAGUCAGCUAAUUUCAAUUCACACCAAAUUGGAUUAAUGUUUGCUUCAAUGGUACUCGCAUAUUACGCAGGAAAACUGAGUACUUAA